AUGAGCCGGCUACCACCAUCACCACCCCCAGAGCCUGCGUUGCCUGAAGGACAGUCAAGUCACUCGUCAGAGCCUGUCCCUCUUGAUGCGGAAAUACGCACGACGCCAAUUCACCAUCUUUUACCAGAGAUUCGCGUCCCGUCUGAUGCUCUACCGGCACAUCGUUACCACCCAAUCACCUGCACUCCGCUUGACGCUGUCGAGUACCGCGCCCAGCUACAGUCAUUGCGAAAGGAAUAUUCAACUUCAGUCGCUGCUGUCAAGGGCCAGGAGGAAAUGGCGAGGGAGAUAAGAAGACGGAUGAAGGAAGCAGAGGAGAAGAGAGAAAAUUUGCACAAGCUCAUGAAGCGGAAGACAGAAGAGAGAGAGACCGAGCGGAGGGUUUUCCAGAAGAUUAAGAGGGAAAGAGAGGGCAAAGCUUAG